ACGCCGAGGCGAGGAGGAGCCGUGCCGCGCCCGGCGCCCGGCUCCGCGCGGCAGGCUGCCUUGGUUCCCCGGACCGCGGCCCCAGAAUUUUUGAAAGCGGCUUGAAUCUAAUUGGCUCCCCCAGGAUCUCAACUCCUGUUACAUUUGUGGCAUUUCUUUCUUCAGAGAGGCAUCUGGAGAGACGGACCUGCCACUGCUAGCUGGCAUGCCGGGUGUUUUGCAGCCAGCGUGAGGAGAGAGAGAGAAAGAGAGAGAGGAGAGAACGAACAUCACGCUCAGAAGCAUCUGGCAUGUCCCAGCUGCGCUGUCUUAGACGGGGCUUCCCUUGUGAACAGCUUUCGUUGAAAAGACUUCCGUGAAUAAGUUGUUUCAGUCAAGUUCCUCCAAAAAACACAUUUGCCUUCUGAUCGUCUGGCAGUUUUAAGAAUCCGAUGACCUCCCAGGGGAACCUGCACUUGGGCAUCAGCGUGCUCCUGCCUGCCAGGAUGCUCCCCACGCAGUGGUAGACGUGGGCCGAGUUGCCAGCAUCGCCCCGUGUUCUCAGAAGAUUCCUCAAAUGAUGGCUGCAGCAGCCGACGGUCUGGGGAGUAUAGCGAUAGACACGACCCAGCUCAACAUGUCCGUGACAGAUCCCACAGCCUGGGCCACAGCCAUGAACAACUUGGGCAUGGUUCCCGUGGGGUUGCCUGGACAGCAGCUCGUGUCUGACUCAAUCUGUGUCCCAGGCUUUGAUCCAAGCCUCAACAUGAUGACUGGAAUCACCCCCAUCAACCCAAUGAUACCGGGCCUGGGGCUGGUACCACCUCCUCCACCAACAGAGGUGGCUGUUGUCAAAGAAAUCAUCCAUUGCAAGAGUUGUACUCUAUUCCCUCAAAAUCCAAAUCUGCCCCCUCCGUCCACGAGGGAACGGCCUCCCGGCUGCAAGACGGUGUUUGUGGGAGGAUUACCGGAAAACGCGACGGAGGAAAUCAUCCAGGAAGUCUUCGAGCAGUGCGGUGACAUCACAGCGAUUCGGAAGAGCAAGAAGAACUUCUGUCACAUCCGCUUCGCAGAGGAGUUCAUGGUGGACAAAGCCAUUUACCUCUCUGGUUACCGGAUGCGGUUAGGUUCUAGCACGGACAAGAAGGACUCGGGCCGCCUGCACGUGGACUUCGCGCAGGCCAGGGACGACUUCUACGAGUGGGAGUGCAAGCAGCGGAUGCGCGCGCGCGAGGAGCGCCACCGGCGCAAGCUAGAGGAGGACCGCCUGCGGCCGCCCUCGCCCCCAGCCAUCAUGCACUACUCGGAGCACGAGGCCGCGCUGCUGGCCGAGAAGCUGAAAGAUGAUAGCAAGUUUUCCGAGGCUAUCACUGUGCUGCUCUCUUGGAUUGAACGAGGGGAAGUGAAUCGGCGUUCGGCAAACCAGUUCUACUCCAUGGUGCAGUCGGCCAACAGCCACGUCCGCCGGCUGAUGAACGAGAAGGCCACCCACGAGCAAGAGAUGGAGGAAGCCAAAGAGAACUUUAAAAAUGCCUUAACCGGGAUCCUCACUCAAUUUGAGCAGAUUGUGGCCGUUUUCAACGCUUCUACCAGACAAAAAGCUUGGGACCAUUUCUCGAAAGCUCAGCGCAAGAACAUAGACAUUUGGCGAAAGCAUUCUGAGGAGCUCCGGAACGCUCAAAGCGAGCAGCUCAUGGGCAUCCGGCGCGAGGAAGAGAUGGAGAUGUCUGACGAUGAGAACUGCGACAGUCCUACCAAAAAAAUGAGAGUCGAUGAAUCAGCCCUGGCUGCGCAGGCCUACGCCCUGAAGGAGGAGAAUGACAGUCUUCGCUGGCAGCUGGAUGCCUACAGGAACGAAGUGGAGCUGCUCAAACAGGAGAAAGAACAGCUCUUUCGCACAGAAGAAAACCUCACCAAGGACCAGCAGCUGCAGUUCCUGCAGCAAACCAUGCAAGGCAUGCAGCAGCAACUGCUCACCAUCCAGGAGGAGUUAAACAACAAAAAGUCAGAACUGGAGCAGGCAAAGGAAGAACAGUCCCACACACAAGCGUUGCUAAAAGUGCUCCAGGAACAAUUAAAAGGCACGAAGGAAUUGGUGGAGACCAAUGGCCACAGUCAUGAGGAUGCAAAUGAAAUUAACGUGUUGACAGUAGCAUUGGUCAAUCAAGACCGAGAGAACAAUAUUGAGAAAAGGAGCCAAGGCUUGAAAUCAGAAAAAGAAGCCCUGCUAAUAGGCAUCAUCUCAACGUUUCUACACGUCCACCCUUUCGGAGCCAACAUAGAGUAUCUUUGGUCCUACAUGCAGCAGCUGGACUCCAAGAUCUCUGCCAACGAAAUCGAGAUGCUUUUGAUGAGGCUGCCGCGCAUGUUCAAGCAGGAAUUCACAGGGGUGGGAGCGACGCUGGAAAAACGCUGGAAGUUGUGUGCCUUCGAAGGAAUUAAAACUACCUAACGACAAAAAGCAAGGGGAGGAAAAAAAAACAAAAAACAAACAAAAAAAAAACAUCCCUGGCAGUGAAAGCGUCCGGAGCCGGCCGGGGCUGCGCAGCCUGCGAGCCGGAGGUUUGGAGUUGGCCGGUGCUGGGCCUUUGUGGAGCCAUCGCAGCCUGACCUUAGUUCCAUCUGUGGCGUCCUCUCGUGAGUGGAAACGUAGUCGCGUAGCAGUUCCUUAAAGUAAACCAAGCUUUAUAUUGGGACAGAGCCAUCUCCUCUGAAAAUACCACGCAGUGAUCCCACCGUCAUAGCGAUGGCAACAUUGCUAACGUACGCCACAUUCGACACUAGCUCGCCCAGCAAAAUAUUUCCAGUUAGUGAUGGUGUUGCAAUGGUCGUUGCUAGGCUACAGAGUUGUGUAUGUAAUGUAUAGCCAAAAUCAUUCAAUGACAUUUUACUGAAAGUCUAUCUUCCUGUUUUAGUAGAAAGAAAGAAAGAAAGAAAGAAAGAAAGAAAGAAAGAAAGAAAGAAA